GGAAGCUCCAAUGAGACGCGUCCACCUUGCCGUACCGGACCCAGAUAUCCGGUGUGGCAGACGCUGACUCGGCUCCUGGAGCAGGCAGGAUGGUGUAUAUAUCUAACGGCCAAGUGUUAGAUGGUAAUCGGUCCCCAUGGAGACUGUCAUUUAUAACAGACCUAUUUUGGGGAAUUGCAGACUUUUUUGUCCUAUUUUUUAAGAGCAUACUUCAGCCCGACAUAUCGAGAAAAGGGUACUCAAACUCUAUAUCCAGCUCGCGAUAUGAUGACGGCAGAGGGCCUCCUCCACCCCCUCGCCGUAGAAUGGGUAGAAUAAAUCAUGGAACAGGUCCAAAUGCGCCUCCAAUGGGAGGAGGUGGAUGAGGAAGGUAAACGCCUGCUCUUGGUAGCAGGCAUCCAGAGAGGGGCAUUUAGCAGCGCUCUUUGAAGUGGAAAGUUCAUCUCACUGUGAAUGUCUCUCUCUACCUGUAAAAAUGCUCUGCAGCAAUGCGGAUUAAUGAUGUUCUGCUGGGAAUUCCCUCUCCAGGAUCCAGUAUUAACUGAUCAGCAUGUGUACAACUGUAAAUGUGUCCUUUGUAUGAAACCUGCAGUCUGCAUGCCAUAAACCUAAAUAGCAAACAGAUUGUGAGAAUUUAUUUCAGACUGUUGUGUUUUUGUUUUUUAGUACAUCAGAGAUCCUUUUGGAUCAGUGCAGUGUCCCCUAGUCUAAAUAUAGUGGAGCUUUUGAAGUCCAGCAGCAGGAAGCUGUUUGUCAGCUCCAUCCUAGAUGCUUUUCUUGCUGUUAAUUUGUGACUAAGGACAAUGAUGUCCCAGAAAUAGUCUACAUCAACAUACUUUAAAUAAACUCAUGCGAGAAAGACGUAUGAUGUAGACUCUGUCCUACAGAGAGGUAGCAGCUUAUGGUGCAUAUCAGAAUGAUUUAGUGGGGUGUAGCCGAAGUCAGUUUAUUUUUGGUCUUUCUGCCAUUUUGUCAACAUUUUUUUCCCUGUUCAAUAACAAUAAUGGAAGUUACAACAAUUUUAAGAUACAUAUUUAUUCUGUUCUGACUGCUUUAGUAAUAUAUAUAUAUAUAUAAUAAUUUUUAAACCAAAAGAAAAACAAUUGCUUGCUCUUUCCCACUUUAUUUGAAAUUUUGAAGUAAAAUGUUUUGCAUCACA